UAUAAAUUAAGGUUAUUAUAAAGAGUUACCUUUAAUUUAUUGUAAAAAAUUAACGUGUGAUACGUAGUUCAGAACCUCGAGAUGCCAUCUUCACUAAUGACAGAUUUUUUAGAUAAUGUUGAGGUUAAGACCUCCUACAUGCACAGGAACACUUCUCUGUAUAUAAAGCAAUCUUGAUGCCCUUUCACUGCCUCAGACUUCAACUUUCUUGCUGUUAUGUAAUAUUUCUCUAAUGCUUCAGAAUCAGUUUGUUGCAUGUGCUGACUUGUGUGAGUUCAGAAAACUGGAAGAGCGUGUUCAUUCAAUCCUGUACAAGAAUGAUGAACCGCACUGGGACUUUCUGCAUUUUCUUGGCUUUUUUAGUGCAUCUUAAAGCGACUUUACAGGGUAAAACAUGUUUCUUAAAUCUGCAGUUUCAGUCACAAUGGAUUUUGCAUGCACUUCCGAAAAUGUAUGACCAUUUCGCUAUUUCAUCUCUGACAAAAGGACACAUCUGUGUGGCAGAUUAUUACAAUACCAUCAGCUGCUCUUUAAAACUACCAGUCACAUCCACUAAAAACAUAUCAUACCGGUUGGAAGCUUAUUUAAAAGGCAAAGACCAGAAAUAUGUCUGCCAACUGCAGAGAGUACGUGAAGAUCACAUCUGCAGUUUAACAGUACCAGGCUUCAGGAGUUUUGAUGAAUAUUCACUUUAUUAUUUGGAAAAUGGAUAUGAGAAUUCAUCUCUGUUGGAUGCUUCUUUUAAGCCAGUAAAAAACAUUAAACCAAAGCCUCCAUUUAACCUGACGUUACAAUAUGCAAAUGGAACGUAUCAUUUCUUUUGGAAGAGCGGAUAUGAAAAUCAUGUUUAUCGACAAGCUCUACCCAUCAGAUACCAAUUCAAGUACCACAAAGAUGGAAAUCAUACAAGUGCGGUCAGUGUUCAAGCAGAAAACAAUAUGAUUCAGAUUGAUGAAAUGAAGCUUGAUCCGGGCACUACAUACACUGUGAUGGUGAAGACUUUGAUAGAUCAUGGAAAUGUCUACAGGGGAAUGUGGAGUGACUGGAGCAGUGCAGUAAAAUGGAAAACAGCAUACAGAGAUGAGCCCAAUCAAGUCAGCAAGAUUGCCAUUGGAAUGUUUUCAGUGGUUGGACUUUUAAUCCUGCUUAUGGCCAUUCCUGCUGCAAGAUUUAAGAUGAACAAAAUUUUAUGGGUGCCAACACCAGCAACGUACUUUCAGCCACUUUAUCAAAAUUACCAAGGCAAUUUUCAGUGUUGGGUUUUGGCAAAAAGUCCUUUACACGAUUUUCACUUUAUGGAAGACUUUUCAAAAAUUGACAAGAUUUCUGAGGUCAUAACCACAAUGCAGGAUCAGGUAGAGAAAACGGGCAUGUAUCCCACGGCACAAUGCCACACACCCUACGUGGGCCCCACAGCUGAGGUCUGGGCCCCGUGCCAAAUGCCUGAUACACGCAGCGAGACGAGCAUCUCGUGUGAGGAUUUUUCUUUGUUCUGCGAAGAGUUGCCUGAUAAAGUGGGCAACCUCAUCCAGUCUCUGAACGUGGCGUGUCUGAGUGGGGAUGUUCUGUCUGUGAAGGACUCGGCUCUUAGUCUCGAGUGUCUCGAGGACUGCGAGGCUUCCGAAGCACCGGUUAUCAUUAACCCAGUGCCUGUGUGUUUCAAACAAGACUACUGCACUCUCACCAACACUCUCACAGGCCAUGCUCCCACCUUCUCCAGAGAUGUAGAGCAGGACGAAAACACCUCUAAUGAUUAAAUGCAGGAAGGCAUUACAUUACGGACAUCUGCAAAUACAUGGACAUCCCCAAUUGAUAUCUAAUGCUGAUCAGAGGCCUUUUAAAAAAAAAAGUAUGAAAACAAGUUGUCUGGUGGUAAAGUAGCUAUGAUAUUCCCUCUACUAUGGCUUACAUUUGAAGUGAGGUUUGAGUUUUUGUGUGCAGUGAUUAUAUUUUAUGUUUUUCUUCCAUUCAUUAAGUAAUAUUAGCAUUGAAUAUUUAUAUAUCCAUUUGUGAUAUUUGUACUGAGAAGAUUUCAUGUGAUCAAGACUGUUAAAGCCAAACAUGAUCUGACUGCAAUUUCAAGAAUAGACAAACAUUUAGCAGUUCACAAUUACUGUAUUUACACUAAGAUAAGUAAAGGAGUUUUCUGCUAUCUUGAAUGGGGUGGAUCUUAUAUACUGCUUACAAGUAUUGGGCGCAAUAGUCAUCAGGUCACUUUUUUCCCAGGUCACAGUAAAACCUGAUACAUUCCCAAAUCUUGUAAUUGCAGUGAGGAGAUGUGGAAUAGACUUACUAGGGAUCUAUGUUAAACAAAUGUAUAAAGUGAAAUAUGUUGUGGGAGGCAACCUAUUGUGAUUGGUUGGAAAUCUGCCUGUUGCUGAAUGUAUGCAGCCAAGGGCUCUAUCACAACUGUGAAAAGAAAUGGGGACAGCGGGCAGCCUUGUCUUGUCCCUCUAUAAAUUGAGAAAGGAGCUGAGAUAAUAUGAUUAGUCACUACUGAGGCUUUGGGACAGGAAUAUAUAUUUUUUAUCCAUUCUCUUAACACAUGGCCGAAACCAAAUUUCUUUAGGGCUGACAUCAUAUAUCUCCAUUCUGCUUGGUUGAAUGCCCUUUGUGCGUCCAAUGAAACGAUUGCAGCAUCUUCUUUAUGGUUUGAAUAUAAAACACAGGCACAGGCGACGUAGAUUAAAAUACAUAUGUCUGCCUGGCAUGAAGCCUGUCUGAUCUGGAUGUAUAAUAUCACAGAUAUGCUUUUUCAAUCCAUUUGCAAGAAUUUGGCCAGUUAUUUUGGUUUCAGUGGGUAGUAAAGAAAUUGGUCUAUAUGAUGACACUAGCAGCCGAUCUCGACCUGGUUUAGGUGUAAGAGCAAUAUUUGCGUCAUACAGUUUUGGGAAAACAGCCAGCUUCCUGUGAAUGCCUAAACAUACGUACCAACAAUGGCAAUAUAACCUUACUAAAUCUUUUGCAAAAUUCGAUGCUGAACCCAUCAGGUCCAGGGGUUGGGGAACUCUUUAAUAGCAUUUUCCACCUCUUCAAUGCUUAUUUCUGCAUCCAGUGCCUUUAAAGCCUCUUCACUUAAUUUUGCCAAGUGUAGUCCUUCCAUAAACCUAGCAGUACUUUUCUGGUCAGACUUCCCUACGGGAGUAUAAACCUCUGCAUUAAACUUUGCAAAAUUGCAAUUUAUUACCUUUAGAUUGGUUAUUAGUGUCCACUCUUUGUUCUUAAUUUGAUACAUGGUGCUAGCAGCUUUAUGUUGUCCUAGCUGCCACGCCUGAAGGUUAUGGGGUUUAUCACUUAAUUCAUAAUAUCUUUGUUUAACCUUACAUAAUAAAUUCAUAAUAACUUCA